AUGGCGUUUUAUUUUUCUCUGAGUAGCGGCUUUGGCUGCGAGAGAGAAGCAACAAUUGCGACCCGAGCAAAAAUAAGAGCUAAUGUGACGUUAACCCAAGAUCUUUGGGGUGUUGUUUGUAUCGGCUACUAUACCAAGUUUUUUGUUCUGCGGCAUGGCCAACAAACCUUACAGCCUUACAAUGGUGAUGUGAGAUGGGAAUCUAACGUCCAUUUCAAUGAUAUCGCGACUAUUUUGUCGAAUAUCCAACGUGAGAUUCGGGUCCAGUCUAGGUCUGCGCAAUGA